AUUAUCAGGAGAGCUGUUUUCAAUAACACUGCUGAAAGGUUUAUUCUAGCAGUGACACGCCUUCGCAGCCAAACACCCUUAAGUACUCAGCAGCGAGCUGAGUCAAACGCAGUUCCACAUCUCAGAAAGGUCGCCCCCCACUCUGACUCUCUUCACUAGAGCAGGACGAGGGCUAAGAAAGAAGACUUCGUCGGGAGGAGAGCACGAUGUGUUUCGAAAAAUGUGCACGGUGCAUCGGUGCUACAUUGAUACCUUUGGCUGUCCUGGCUGUCGUGGCUAACAUUCUGCUCUACUUCCCAAAUGGCGAGACAAAGUAUGCGGAGAGAAACCAGCUCACCAAUUUGGUGUGGUUCUUUGAGGGAAUCAUUGGAGCAGGCAUAUUGAUGAUUUUGCCGAUCGUGGUAUUUAUUAGCCUUGAGCAUGAUGAUUGCUGCGGUUGCUGUGGGAACCAAGACUGUGGCAAGAGCUGUGCAAUGUUGGCUUCCGUUCUGGUGGCUCUGACUGGGAUCGCCGGUGCUGGAUACUGCUUCGUUGUUUCCGCUCUGGGUUUGGCGCAAGGCCCAUACUGUCAAACUGACUUGGGAUGGGGAUACCCCUUCAACGACACCAAUGGAAGGUACCUCACCAACUACACCACCUGGAGUCUGUGCACUGAACCAAAACAUGUUGUAACAUGGAACGUGACUUUAUUUUCCAUCCUUCUGGUACUCAGUGGAAUUGAAUUCAUCCUGUGUUUUGUCCAGUUAAUAAAUGGCUUGGUUGGAGGGAUUUUUGGAAGCUGUUGCCAUUGCCAAGAGGGCGGGAGAUGCAACAACGCCGAAGUCGAUAUGUACGAGUUUACAGGUUAGAGUGUAGCCACUCGGUGUCGGAAUGGAAGAGGGUAUGAGCCGCUCUACACUGGAAGUCCUUGCUGCUGCUGUCUUCUUGUCCGAAAUCAAGUCCCCAAAUUUCCUCAGACUCUCCUCCCACUUUAUGUUAAAUAGGGUUCCACCAGGUUUCUGGUUAAAGUCCAAGGAACUUCAGAUACUUUAAUUUAUUCUUAAACAUUUGAUAGUGCUGUGUAUAAGAUUUUCUAUCUGUACACAAAAUAGUGCUGCACACUGGUGUCAAAGCUAAAAAUAAUUAUAAUAAUGAACGCCUAGCCUUUUCAGGACUUUUAAUUGGAUAGGUCAAUGAGCAGAACAUUUUUCAAUUCACAACAGUCAUUUAUACAUAUAUAGCAGGAGUUCCCAACCUUUCCUAGGCCAUGGACCCCAACCGUUACCUGUGGACCCCGGGUUGGAAACGCCUGCCUUAUAAUCACUAUGUGGCAUUUUUCUAUAUGUCUAUAUGUUGUGGUUUGUUUCAUUCCAUUUUAUUAAUUGCUAUUCAUAGUUGCCAUGGAUACUUUGAUGAUGUUUACGUUCCAUAGGCUGUUGCUUGGUCAUCAGCUGAAUUGCUGGGUUGGAAGAAUUUGAAAGGCCACCUGCCAUUUAUGUCGAUGCCAUAAUCUCUGGAGCUUUGAAUCAUUAUUAGAUCAAGGUCGAUCUAUAUCUAUCUGCCUCAGUUCCAUUACCUUUAAUAUUCUUGCCUAACUAAACCCUAUUAAUCUCGGUUUGAGGAUGUUAAAUUGACUGCAAACUCAACAGCUUUCAUGGAGUUGGUCAUCAGACAGAAAUAAAAGCUGCUGGAAGAGCUGAAUGGGUUAGGUGGCAUGGAGGCAAAGGGGCAGUCAAUGUUUCAGGCUCAGACCCUGCAUCGGAAAACGUUGACUAUCCUUUCGCUUCCACGGAUGCUGCUUGACCUGUUGAGUUCAUCCAGCACCUUGUUUUUCACGAAAAGUCCCCGUCAUCUAUUUUCCCCAAAACACUCACUACUAUAUUUUGGGACCUAGUUUCAUCUAAAGAAGAACUUUUCUUUCCAACAUUACAUUUGGCUGAUGGGAGUUGAGGCUGAUUUAAAAACCAAUCAGUGAGGGCUGUCCCGAUUUAUAUGGUGCUUGAUGCUGUAGAGACGUAAACCAGAGUUUGAAUUCUGCAAACCUAGCUGUUGAAUAAUGGAGAAAUCAGGCAAUAAAAAGCAGCCUGGAAGCAUCAGUUUUAUCCAGGAUUUAAACUCUGUGCAACUCACACAAAAUGCUGCAUGUAUGGAGGGGAAUAAACAUUCCGGGUCUUGGUCUGAAACGUUGACAGUGUGACACCUGAUGAAGUGUCUCAGUCUGAAAUGUCCACUAUUUAUUCUCCUCCGUAGAUGCUGCCUGUCCUGCCGAGUUCCUCUAGCAUCUUGUGUGGGGUGCUCAAUAUUCCCAGCAUCUGUGGAAUCUCCUGUACCACUAAUAAUCAAUAAAGGGAAGAGAUAUCUGGCCUCUCAUAUUCCACACAAAAUCAAUGAGCAUUGAGAGAUUCUUGUGGAUUCAUCCCAGAUUCUGUGCUGCCAAUGAAUGUUAACAUAUAUUUCGUGAACUGUACAGUGUGGCAGAGCAGUUUGCAUCUUCACAGCUCCAGCAGCCGAGGGUCAUUCUUGGAUUCUCGCUAUGCAGACUUUGCACUUUCUCCCAGUGACUAUGAUGGUUUCCUCUGGGCGCUCCUUAGCCCAGGGAUACACUGCUUGGUUAAUGGGUUACUUCAGAUUAACUCUGGAGUGGGACAAUGACCUAAGAAUAAACAGGCAGUUGAUGGGCAUGUGAGGGAGAAGAAGCAGAUGUUGUAUAAUACUGUGAAUCUCUGAGUAGGAGGGCUAAGCACAGGUAGGCAACUUGGUCGGCAUGGAAAAGUUGGACCAAAGUGCUUGAUCCCAUGUUGUGUAAGUCUAUGAAUCUCCCUAAGACUAAGCUGCCGGCUACCGGGAGAGGAGAGAUGGGAUUGCUGUGCUAGGAGUUACAUGAACCUGGUGGGCUGAAUGGCCUUUUGUUUAAUAAUAAGGGAGUAAGAAUGAUGCAUGUGGCUUUCAAAUUGUUUAUGUGGACUAUUGAGUGAUCCCACCAGUUUGCCAGAUGUGCUGGCCAUUGGCACAAUGAUGGUAGAUGCUGGUACAAUAAA